AUGAGUUUAAAAGACUACGAAGACGAUUUUGGAUCAGAUGAGGAAGAUUUUCCCGUUGUAAGAGUGCAGAAGAGAGAUGUAAGAGAUGAGACUGUUAACGAAAGUGAUAGUGAAGACGAAAAUGGAGAAGAAGACGAUGACGAAGAAGAUAAUGAGGGAGAUGAGAUAAGUCAAGAUGAGAUAGAUAAAGAUGAAGAUAACGAAAGUGAAGAUGAUUUCAUACUAGGAGAACUUCCAGAAGAUGAAGAUAUCUCCAAAAUUGAAUCUAAAACUAAAACAGCCAAAUUAAAGAAAUUAACUCCCGAACAAUUGGAAAAAGAACAAAAAAGAAUUAAAAAGACUGGUGUUGUGUAUUUAUCCACCAUCCCUCCAUAUAUGAAACCAUCUAAAUUACGUAGUAUCUUAUCAAGAUUCGGAGAAGUAGAUAGACUUUUCUUAAAACCAGAAGAUCAAGCCAUUUACAAAAAAAGAGUUAAGUAUGGAGGAAACAAGAAGAAGAACUAUACUGAAGGAUGGGUAGAGUUUUUGAAUAAAAAAGAUGCCAAAUUGUGCUGUGCUACACUUAAUGGGAACAAAAUUGGAGGAAAGAAAACAUCUUAUUAUUAUGAUGACAUGAUGAAUAUCAAAUAUCUCCAUAAUUUCAAAUGGAUGGACUUGACUCAACAAAUAUCUAAAGAAAAUGAAAUAAGACAAGCCAAAUUGGCCUUAGAAUUGAGUCAACAACAGAAAUUAAACAAAGCAUUUGUCAAUAAUGUUGAUCAAUCUAAGAUGAUUAAAGGAAUUGAAAAGAAGAGGAAGGCCGAAAAUAAAGAUAUUGAAGUAAGAAGAACUUUCAAACAAAGAGAUGUCACAAGUAGAAGAGCUGAUGCAGAUAUGAAGCAUAAAAAGGAUGAACCUAAUGAUCAAUUGAACGGGGUGUUAUCCAAAAUCUUUUGA